AUGGUUUUGGAUCUUCAUGAGAUGGUUUUGGAUCUUCUUGAGAUGGUUUUGGGUCUUCAUGAGAUGGUUUUGGAUCUUCUUGAGAUGGUUUUGGCUGCAGAGGAUGAGUCUCGGAUCAUCGGGGGGGUCCCCUGCUCCAUCUCCAGCAGACCCUUCCAGGUGGCCAUCGUCAAGAGGGGGCAGAUCCUCUGUGGGGGGAGCUUGGUCCACGCCCAAUGGGUGCUGACCGCCGCCCACUGCAAGCAGCCAACCAGGGACCUGAGGGUGCUGCUGGGGACGGACACCCUGGGGGAGGGCACAGGGGAGGUGAGGACCAUCCAGCAGGUCCUGGUCCACCCUGGCUACAACCCCCGGAGGAACGACAACGACUUCAUGCUGCUGAGGUUGGACCAACCUGUGAGGUUCAGCAGCACCAUCAAGAAGAUCAGGCUGGCCACCAGGUGUCCCACCGAGGGCAUGAGCUGCAGUGUCUCCGGCUGGGGCACCACCAAGUCCCCGGGAGCCAAGCUGCCCAAGAAGCUCCAAUGUGCCUCCAUCCAGACCUUUGGGAGGUCCAAGUGCUCCAGGGCCUACGGCAGCUCCAUCACCCCCAACAUGUUCUGUGCUGGGGUCCCCCAGGGGGGCAUCGACUCCUGCCAGGGUGACUCUGGAGGUCCCUUGGUGUGCAACGGAGUCCUCCAGGGGGUGGUCUCCUGGGGCAUGGCCGUCUGCGGGCGCCGAGGACAACCUGGAGUCUACUCCAACGUCUGCAGAGCCUCCGCCUGGGUCCGCAGCCGCGUCGGGAGGGGCUGA